GGGUAUGUCAAUCACAACUUCAAGUAGGAUAUCACAUGUCUGUCAAUGAGCUGGCUGUCCAGUCUCUGUCUGAUUAUUUCUCUUGUUGGUGUCAUGGAUGUUUGCUAACAAUAGCCUUUCUCAGACUUCUCAAAAGAGCAUGGGGGUAAUAGAGCCUCUGCCAUCUCUAUUGGUUUGUCUUCUAGAGACAUAGCUUUUUUCCAAGCUAAAAGAGGCCAAGUUGAAGCAAAUUGCUCAAAUGAGUCUAUGUUUACACCAACGGCUCCAGCUCUGAGCAGCCUUCCGCCAGACCAGCAUCCCAGGCAUGUCUGAAGCCAUCGAACGACCGCCGUGGCAUCAACGAGGUCGGAGCAUACUGCCCUGGCCUCGCAUUUGGGGUGACGUGGGAGACCACAAUGACCCCGCGUGCAUCACCGUCUCUCAUACCGGCGUUCGAGUCUCCGUGUCCGCCAAAGAACCCCAGCCAGCUUUCCGCAGCGUGGUACGGUGGACACGGCGACUCGAACGCCGGGAUCUCCUACAUGAGAGGGUCGACUGGCGAACCGGGACCUGCCAUUUCCAUUAUUAUGGCAGACAAGUACAGCGAUAUCGACGUCGACCGAGGUGAUGAUAUCGUGUACUGCGGAGCCAACUCACUCGACAACACAUCGAGGAACACUCUCGCCGAUAGGAGACCGCCCCUCCGCAGGAACGCAGAGACUUGUUCGAAAAUGCUCCAAGAAACCUCAACGGACAAUUCGAGAUCCUGCUCCAAAGACACUCUAAACCGAAGUUGACGUUCCCUUCCGGGCGUCGAUGGCAUUAAUCAUGGCUCAGCACUUUCAG